GAUAUAGAGAGAGACAGGGAGGGGAGACGGUGAAAGAGGAAGAUAAAGGAUGGAUAGGCAAACAAACAAAAGCGAGGAAUGUAAAAAAUAGCAAGAAAGUGUAAGAGAGGAGUUAAGCAAGUGUCGGGACACACUCUGCAGCUUAGGUUCUGGAAAGGUGGACUUUUCAGGCUCCGUCACGUUGUGUCACAUCACACAUGUGAAGGCAAGGGGGAGGUUUCUGACACCUCUGUCAGGGGCGCUCCCUUUAGACAGAUGGCUCGGCAAGAGUAAAACUCGGCGGCACCACACAGGGAGAAGCAGUGGUGAGUGCCUGGCUGAGCGAGUGGGCAAACAGCUGUUGACAGACAGUUUUGAGAAGCUGAGAUAAGGAAGGCUUCGGAGGCAGAGCACAUGAAGGCUGACUGAGACUGAAAUGGGAACUGAAAUGGGAACUGAAAUGGGAACUGAAAUGGGAACCAGGGAGUGACAGGGAUAACAGGAUUGACAGAAUUCAUGGUGUCAAAUACUUGAUGUAAAUGUGGGAUCUGAGAUGUCAGAGAGACGAGUGACUGAAGACUCAUCUACAUGAAAUAUGAGCAUCAAAGGUCUCAGUGAGGGGAGGCAGUUGGCUGACACACACGCGCGUCUAGAAUCAGUGGUCAGGACACGCGUCGCGCUCAGCCCAUCUCCCGACCUCACCUCAUCAAGAUGUUAACUCCAGAGCGACAGAUUAGCACGGGGCAUCCAUCAUGGACGUGGUCAAUGUGACGUCUUCACCCAGUAGCAACGCUACCCCUGAGGGUGUGACUGACGAUGUGACCAGGGUGGAGCUGGUGGUCCCAGGCCAGGAGUAUGAUUAUAACUACUUCGCCCUGGUGUUGGGGGUGCCUCUAAUCCUGAUCAUCAUCCUGGGCAACGUACUGGUGUGCCUGAGCGUGCUCACUGAGCGUUCCCUGAAGACGGCCACCAACUACUUCAUCAUCAGUCUGUCUGUGGCUGACUUGCUACUGGCUGUUCUGGUGCUGCCUCUUUACGUCUACUCUGAGUUCCUGGGUGGCAUUUGGACCCUGAGCACGUACAUCUGUGACGCUCUGAUGACCAUGGACGUCAUGCUGUGUACUGCGUCCAUCCUGAAUCUGUGUGCCAUCAGUGUGGACAGAUACAUAGCGGUGGUGGUGCCCCUGAAGUACAACAGGAACCAGUUCAGCUUGCGGCAGCUUGUCCUUAUUACGGCCACCUGGGUUCUCUCCCUGGGCGUGGCCAGCCCGGUCAUCUUCGGCCUCAACCGGGUGCCGGGCCGCGACCCCACUGUAUGCAAGCUGGAAGACGACCGCUUUGUGGUGUACUCCUCCGUGUGCUCUUUCUUCGUGCCUUGUCCCGUCAUGCUCUUCCUGUACUACUGGAUGUUCCGCGGGUUGCGGCGCUGGAGCUCAGGAAGGAGCCGGUCCCAGCUGACGAGAGGUGGCAAACGCAGCCUGUCCCUGCGCCUCAGCUCCCCUCUGCAGAGGGAGAAGUCGAGGGUCAGGACAGGAGGCAAGGAGAGGGAGGUGUGCCUUGUGCCCACCGAGCUCAGCCCGACAUCACCAGCUUUAUCCGUGGAGUCGCCAACAGCAACCCCAGGGACAGCGGACGGGCAGCAGGUCGGGUUGGGGGCCGGCGUGACGGAGAGCGACCCCAUAACCACCCAGAUGGACAGUGUGUCGGACGCAGACCCCGUGGAGAGGCCGCCCAGGCAUGGGGAGAGCCUGAAGGAGAAUGGGGUGUCCCACGUUAAGAGCACCAAGAGGGCACGACGCAACAGCAAGAGCAGCAGAGUGAGCGGGAGGGAGCGCAAAGCCAUGAAGGUCCUUCCUGUUGUAGUGGGUGUGUUCCUAGCCUGUUGGACUCCAUUCUUCGUUGUACAUGUGACCAAUGUGCUGUGUGUGUCUUGCAAAAUCAGCCCCACUCUGAUCUCCGUGGUGACGUGGCUGGGCUAUGUCAACAGUGCUGUCAACCCCAUCAUCUACACGGCGUUCAACACAGAGUUCCGAAAUGUCUUUCACAAACUUCUCUGCUGUCGAGCAUGAGGCCUGAGGUCUGACAUCUGCAGUCUCUUUGGCAGACUGCUUGUGAUGUCUGAUGAUGUUGUACUGACAAAUUAACAAACCUUUUUGAUUUAAACUCAGACCUCAAAUCUAUAAAUUUGCUCUUGGACAUAACACUUGAAUUACAUUAUCUAUUACAAAAGUCAUCAGUUGCAGGAUGUGAGUGAUGUCCUUUAAGUGCUGUCAACAUGCAUGAACUUUUGGACAACUGAAAGACAGUGGCUCAAUCUACCUGAUGUUUCUAUAAUUACACUGAUACUGUGUUCUACUUUUUUCUCCUAUCAAAUAUUGCUUGUAUACAGUAUAUAUGGUGAAUACUGUUAAUAUCAUAGCCCAAAGGCAUAAAAUCUUUGAACAAUGUAUACAUUUAAGAAAAUGUAAGUACUUGAUGGAGUGUAUGAUUAUCUGUUUUGAUUACAUUGUGUGCAGGUUUCUGUGAAAGUUCACAGUAGUUCCUUUGGAAUUUACUUGGAUCCUAAGGGUUUGGAGGAUUUUAGGGAUUGGCUAGCUCAAGAGGAGCUAAAAUUAUUUAAAAAAUAUGGCAUUUUAUAGCUUGUAUAUUACAGACAUUGCCUGAAGAGUGUAUCAUAAACAUUUGCUCCACGAAAAGAGAUAAAUUACAGACCUUAGGGCUAGAACCAUACGAUGACAUCAUUUGUAAAGGUGUACUAAGACCUGACUUGAUCAAGUGCUUUGAAGGUUAUGUAAAAUAACUAAGAGGUGAAUGUGAUAAAUGUAAAUGACUGUCUUUGUCUUUGAUGGAAAAAUAAUAAAAGAUUCAUUC